AUUGGCAGGAGUCACAUUAGGCGUCGCAUCAGUGGUGACGUCAAAUAAGCGCCGGGCUGGUUGCCCUUGCUGCUGUGGUAGGCAGUGAGUUCCAUGCUUUGAGAGGUGAAGGUCUCCAGGAAGAAUAUAUCAUACCAUGUUGGGCCUAGGGCUGUGUAGCGCCUGUUUGAAAGGAAGACUAAAUGGCUUGGCUUUGCCAAACAAUUGGCAAAAGGCUACGAGCUUGAAUGUUAUACAGUCCAUUUACAGUGAGACUGGCAAGUGGGAAAAAGAAUAUGGACUAGAAACAAGAAAGAAGGUGGAAAACUGGUGGAAGCCCAAAGUAAAAGAGCGAUUCACAAAAAUUAGUAAAGUAGAUAAAUCAAAGCCGAAGUUUUAUGUUCUGUCUAUGUUUCCAUACCCCUCUGGAAAACUCCAUAUGGGCCAUGUUCGGGUGUACACAAUAAGUGACGCGAUAGCCAGAUUUCAGAAGAUGAGAGGAAUGCAGGUCAUUAACCCAAUGGGAUGGGAUGCUUUUGGGCUACCUGCUGAGAAUGCAGCUAUUGAGCAUGGACUGAGACCAGAUACAUGGACUGAGAGAAAUAUACAGCACAUGAGGGAACAACUUGAUAGAAUUGGCCUUUGUUUUAACUGGGAUAGGGAAAUCACCACUUGCUCAGGAGACUACUAUAAAUGGACACAGUAUCUUUUCCUUAAAAUGUAUGAAGCUGGACUUGCUUAUCAGAAAGAAGCCAUGGUUAAUUGGGACCCAGUGGAUCAGACAGUGCUAGCUAAUGAACAAGUGGAUGAAAAUGGAUGUUCAUGGCGUUCUGGAGCAAAAGUGGAACAAAAGUACCUAAAACAAUGGUUCCUUAAAACAACAGUGUAUGCAAAGGACAUGAGUGAUGCUUUGGCAGACCUUCCGGAAUGGUAUGGAGUAAAAAGCAUGCAAGCAAACUGGAUAGGCGAAUGUAAUGGCUGCUUUUUUGACUGCAUGUUAAAGAUUGAUGGUGUUGAAACAGGAGAGACAAUUUCUGCAUAUUCUUUUAAACCCGAAGCUGUGUUUGGAGCCUCAUAUGUAGCCAUUUUACCAAACCACAGACUGUUGCAUGGUGCCAGCAGUCUAAAAGAAGCCCUACAGAAAGCAUACACAAAGGGCAAAGAUUGUGUCACCCGUGUGUCAGCACUGAAUCUGUUUACUAAACAGGAGGUUCCAGUUGUCAUCUCUGCAAAAACUGAGUUUGAGGGUUAUUUGGACACUAAGAUUGGUAUCCCCAGUGCCACACCUGAAGAUGCAGAGUUAGCGGACAAGCUGGGACUACUUUAUGUCAAAGUUAUUGAAACAAGUAAUGAUGGCACAGAGAUGAUAUGCAACUCAGGAAAGUUCACAGGUCUGUCUAGACAAGAAGCUUUCCUUGCCAUAACCCAGCAAGCAAGUAGUGAGGGAGUGGGUGGACACUUGACAAGUGACAAGCUGAGAGACUGGCUGAUAUCAAGGCAGCGAUACUGGGGUACACCCAUCCCUGUCAUUCACUGUCCAUCAUGUGGCACUGUACCUGUCCCAUAUGAGGAUUUACCUGUGCUGUUACCCUCUGCAGCCAGUUUCACAGGAAAGGGCCUUUCCCCAUUAGCAAGUGCCUCAGAGUGGAUAAAUUGCAAGUGCCCCAGGUGUACGGGGGCAGCUUCAAGAGAGACAGACACAAUGGAUACUUUUGUUGAUUCAGCCUGGUACUACUUGAGAUAUACAGAUCCCCUUAACUCCGAAAGACCGUUUGACAAGGCCUGGGCAGAUUUCUGGAUGCCAGUUGAUCUGUAUAUUGGAGGAAAGGAGCACGCUGUAAUGCAUCUUUACUAUGCCCGCUUUUUCAACCAUUUCUGUAGUUCCCAGGGCAUGACUAAGCACAGAGAGCCUUUCCACAAGCUUUUAGUACAAGGCCUUAUUAAGGGGCAGACAUAUAAGCUUGCUUCAACUGGGCGUUACCUGAAAAAGAGUGAAGUGGAUGAUACUGGUUUUGAGCCUGCAUACUUGGAAACAGGGGAGAAGCUUCUGGUAACAUGGGAAAAGAUGAGCAAAUCCAAGCACAAUGGAGUUGAUCCACAAGAAAUAGUGGAGCAAUAUGGCAUUGACACAACAAGGCUCUAUCUCCUGUUUGCUGCUCCACCUGAACAAGACAUUUUGUGGGAUGUGAAAACUGAUGCUAUACCUGGAGUGCGGAGGUGGCAGACACGUUUGUGGACAAUAACAAGCAAAUUUAUUGAAGCCAGAAAAUCCUCAUCUGUGCCGAAUCCACACCUUCUGAAUAAGAAAGAAGUAGCAGAAGCAAGAAGGAUCUGGGAAAGCAGAAACCUCGCUGUGCUAGAGGUAACCAGCCACUUCACCGAGGAUUACUUGUUCAAUGCAGCUAUUUCGCAGCUAAUGAGUCUCAGCAACACUCUCUCACAAGCAUCCUCUCGGGUUAUCCUACACAGCUCUGAAUUUGAAGAUGCUUUGGCGAGUCUCUGCAUUAUGGUUGCGCCCAUGGCACCACAUUUGGCUUCGGAACUAUGGAAAGGAAUGGCCCAUGUUCAGAAUAAGCUAUGUACACAGUACAAGUGGGAUAAAGAUGUACUUGUUCAGCAUUGGCCCAGCAUAGACACAGAUUACCUAAAACAACCCGACAUAGUGGAAGUGCAGGUCCUGAUUAACAACAAAUCAUGUGGCACAGUUGGUGUUCCCCAGGAGGUUUCCCGUGAUUCCAAGGUGGUUCAAGAGAUGGUGCUGCAGAGUAACUUGGGUGUGACGCAUCUUCAGGGACGUACUAUUACAAAGGUGUUUCUCUCUCCAAGGACAGCCCUCAUCAACUUUCUUGUACAAGAUUAAGCUUUCAUUACUGUGGCUGCACAGAUCCAGACUUUCACAUGAUCCAGUUGAUAAUUCAACAUGUCAAGGGCACAGCUAUGUACACUGGUGUACAGCAAUGCUUUAUACUGAUAUUAAGUGUAUAAUCUUUCUGAGACUUUUACAUGGCCCUACCUGGAAUAUUUUAUUACUUAAACUAAAUUAUUUAGACAACCAAUGAAAUACUUGAUAUUAAGGACAAUGCAAAUAUAUUUUUAAGGACUUACCUGGUAACAUAAAGCAUAAGUUUGCUCUUUCAGCAGUUGCUCAAAAAUAUCAACGGGGAAAAUCACUAUGAGCUGUUUUAAAUAUGGAUCACAGAGAAAAGACUUCCACUACAAAGCCCAGCUUUGAUAUGUUUCCUCACCUUUUCUUUGUGAAUGUAAACAGUGUUUCUAAAGGAGGAAAAAGAUCAGGUGUAGUAAUAACUCAGUGUAACCAUAUGUUGAAGACUGACCAAAGAGAUUCUGAUACAAAAUGAUCUUGCUUUAUGGGAAAAACAAGCUAUUUACAUAUUGCUUCUAAUGACAAUACUAUGCAGAAUGAAUUGACUUGGAAAGGGUACUUGUAGUGCAAAAUUUGGAGGCAGCUGGGCUAGAGUAACAGAUUGCUAUGUAACUUGUUUUUCUAAUGCAAAGGGUGGGAUGCAGUCAGGCCAAUAACUGUCCCAUUGCCAUGUUUUUUGUUUAUUUUUUUACAUCACAUUACAUAAUGUGUUUACAUUACAACGAAUAACUUUCAUUUUAUAGGGAAGCUUUUUGACUGUAAGUAGUUUAUAAUAUGCUUUAUAAAUACAAAGCACUAAUCUGCAGCCAACCUCAGAUCCAUGUUUUAGUCAUAAUAUAUAUUUGUCUCUGUAUCCCUACAACUGAAUAUUUUAUACUGCCUAAAAUAUGUUUAUUAUCUGUAUUGCUGCUAGCCAUGUUUCCAGUUUUUGAGAUACAAAACAAUAUUGUUAGUUUUGUUACAUUUGUUUUAUUUAUGGUCAUAAAUGUUUAGUUAUGGAUUGUUUUACUUUUAGUCAUGUGGUUGAUUGCUACAAUGGUCAUGGGGAGAACUUAAAGAAAAACGAAACCACA